AUGGCAACGGAGAUACAGCCGCCGGAAGGCUCAAUCUCGAUUGGUCCACCAACCACCACCGCCCAAUCCCCUGGCCCAUCUCCAAUUGAUCACUCAAACCCGAAAGCGGGACCCUCCGCCAUCAACAACUCGGGUCCGAGCCUUGCCCCCAAACGACAACGUCGGCCCAGUGUCCGUUUGGGCGAGAUCGGUGGCGACCCACCUUACGACAACCUCAACCGCCGCCCUAACAAAACAUGGCGCUUCCACAAAGAUCCUUCUUUCGUCACCAAGACAUCCAGGACCCGUCCACUCACAAACCUGGUUAACGGCGGUGAGUCGAAUUUUCAAGAUACUCUCGAACCCGUGGAGAAUUACACAAUCGCUAUGGAGUUCACCCACCGGAAGCCCAAGAUUAAGAAGGCUACCAAGCGGGUCCGGACCAACUGGAAUAAGUUUGAAUCCGCGGUUAAUAAUGGAGGCGGUGGAGGAGGAGUGAUAGUUGAUAGCGGGAACAAUUUUGAUGAAGAACAGAAGAAUAAUAACGCCGAAUUUCAGAGCUUUGAGCCCGAGGGAUCUGAGAGCCCCCUGUUAAAAGAGCAGAGCCCGGUCAAUUCUGUUGAGAAUAUGGGGCUGCAGUAUUGGGAUCAACAGAGGAGGGGAAGUAGGGUCCGGGUUUCAGAGAGCAAUGGAAUUAUUCACGACGAGAUGAAUUCACAGGAACAGCGUAGUGGACGGAAUGUUGCAGUGAGGGAAUGGUUAAUUGGGUUGGGGUUGGGCAGAUACGCCCCGGUUUUUGAAAUACACGAGGUUGAUGAUGAGGUAUUGCCCAUGUUGACACUGGAGGAUCUCAAGGACAUGGGAAUCAAUGCUGUUGGCUCACGGAGGAAAAUGUACUCUGCUAUUCUCAAGCUGCAGAAAGGGUUUUCGUGA